GAGAACACUCACAGACUGACCCUGUCCAUGAGCCCAGAUGAGGCCUACUUGGAGAAACAGGCCAAGGCUGAGGAGGAGAAGCUCCAGAAGAAGAUCCAGGCUCUGUCUGACAGUGACAGAAAAGAUAUCUAUGAGAAAGGUCUGGAGCUGCUGGCUGCUCAGAGUAAAUCCCAGGAUGCCUCCUGUUUGCCUGCACUCAAAAUGUCUGACAUCGAGCCCACGAUACCCAUCACUCCUGUUCAAAUCAGCACUGCAGGAGGCGUACCAGUUCAGUACUGCGAGCAGCCCACCAAUGGCUUGGUUUACUUCAGAGCCAUGUGUAGUCUUAACACCCUGCCAGAGGACCUCCAGCGUUAUGUCCCGCUCUUCUGCAGUGUCAUCACCAAGAUGGGCUGCGGGACUCUGGACUACAGGCAACAGGCCCAGCAGAUGGAGCUGAGGACAGGGGGCAUGUCCGUCUCCACCCAGGUCUCCCCUGACUCCACCCAGCUGGACAUGUAUGAGCAGGGCGUCCUCCUGUCCUCCUCCUGCCUGGAGAGGAACCUUCCUCACAUGUUUCAGCUGUGGAGCGACAUAUUCAACAGCCCCCACUUUAAUGAUGAAGAGCGCCUGAGAGUGCUGGUAAUGAUGUCAGCGCAGGAGUUGGCCAAUGGGAUCUCCUACUCUGGUCACAUGUAUGCUAUGACCCGCGCAGGCCGACACCUGACGCCAGCAGGAGACCUCCACGAGACGUUUGGAGGGAUGGAACAGGUGAAGUUUAUGAAGAAGAUAGCCGAGGUUUCAGACUUAAGCCAAGUCAUCCGAACACUACCCAGGAUCAAAAAACACCUUCUCAACCCUGAAAACAUGAGGUGUGCGAUUAACACAACUCCACAGAAAAUGUCUGACACAGCAGCACAACUGGAGAGUUUUAUGAAAGACGUCGCUGAUAACAGAAAGGCUCGCAAACCUGUCAGAAAUAAUAUUAUUGAGAGACCGUUGGACGCCCAGGAUAACUGCGGACUGAGUAGAAAACUCAUCUCAGUAAGU